AUGCCUCUACCUCGCCGAUCCCCUCGCUCGACGCCUAGGGCCUCGACGACAGUGGUUCCUCGCAGCCUCCAGCCGCUGCUCCAACAGGCAAAGCAGACCAUCAGUGACCAGCAACAAGCCAUCACCACCUUGCAGGCCAACAUGGCGGCGCUCAUCACACGAGGCAACGUGGCGCCCGCCCCUCGGGUGCCUCACUCGGCUGCCCCCGAGAAAUGCGACCUGGAUAUGACACCAGCUGCAUUCAGGUCGUGGAAACGGUCCAUGGAAUUCACCUUCAACCAGUGGAGCGCCCUCACACAGCAGGAGGCGCUGGACGCCAUUGGUAACCUAGUGCUUCGCUCCUCCACCCCGGCAGUGCAGUGGGCAGAGUUUUUCGGUGUCAGCCAAGGGCAGGACGAGUGUGUUAGUGACUACUUCGUACGGGGCGCCCAGAAAGUCAACGACUGCGCUUUCGAGUGUCCCCAGUGCAGCCUCAACCUCUCUGAGUACUUGCUAUUGAAAAAGCUUGUGGUAGGCAUCCGUGACACGGGCCUCAAACAGCAGGUGUAUCAGGCGUGUGACUCGUUAGGCAGUGUGGACGCCCUAAGGGCCAUGUGUUGUGCAUAUGAGGCAGCCCGCCAACACACCACAGGCGUGGGCGGUUGGCGGGAAAGCAGUCGCGCGGCUGGCACCGUGCGGGCCGAGGAGAACGGGAACCAGACGCUCGACGCCGCCGCUGCCACCACCUCUGGCAAGACACAGCCCUCACCUUCCUGCCCGGCCAGGGAAGCAGUCUGCGUCGCCUGUCGUAAGAAAGGCCACUUCAAGAGGUGCUGCAGGAGCUCCAAGCGCCCACACGGCACUGCAUCUGCCUACGCCGUCUCGGGAUCAGUGACAACGGCAGGCGCGAACGUGUCCCGCCAACCCACCAUAGAGGUAACAGUGGCGCUUGGCAAGGGCGCCAAGCACCGCACAGCAGCUGUGGCGGACACCGGCGCCCAGGUGUGCGUCGCGGGGGCGGCCCUCCUGUCCAGUCUCAACAUACAACCCACGCAGCUACAGGGAUGUGCAGGCUUGCGGGAUGUAGCGGACUUGCCCUUACGGUGCCUCGGAUCGUGCCGGUGUGACAUUUACCUUGGCGGCCAUGCUACACAGCAAGAAGUAUACUUCGUACCCUCCGCCAGGUCGCUGUUCCUGUCACUGAGCGCGUGCAAGGAGCUGGGGCUGGUGCCCGCCGGCUUCCCUCACCACUCCCUGCCGACAGUGCAAGCAGUGGAAGCGCGUGACACGACCGCCGAGCCUGCCCAGCCGCCUGCCAAGCCCGCUACGAUACCAUUCCCGCCACACGAGGAGCACGUACGACGGCUAGAGGAGUGGCUACUACAACACUUCUCGGCCUCCGCCUUCAACACCACAAGGAGCCCGCUGCCCGUGAUGGACGGCGAGCCUCACCACAUCCACCUGGCACCCAACGCUGUCCCCUACGCCUGCCACACGCCCGCCUCGGUGCCGAAACACUGGGAGGACGAGGUGAAAGCCCAGCUGGAAGACGACGUACGGCGAGGCGUCAUCGAGCCCGUCCCGGCAGGGGAACCCACGGAGUGGUGUGCCCGCAUGGUUGUGGUAGCAAAGAAAUCAGGGCAACCGCGGCGCACCGUCGAUUACCAGCGCCUCAACGCCGCAUGCCGCAGAGAGACACACCACACCCCCGCCCCCUUCGACAUGGUGUCUAGUGUCCCCAAACAUUGCUUCAAGACAGUGGCUGACGCUUAUUGCGGGUACCACCAAGUCAGGCUGGACGAGGAGAGUCGAAGUCUCACCACCUUCAUCACCCCAUGGGGGAGGUUCAGGUACCUCCGGACCCCCAUGGGCCACUGUUCUGCUGGCGACGCAUACACAAAGCGCUUCGAUGACGCCAUCCAAGGCAUCGUGAGGAAGCACAAGUGUAUCGACGACAUCCUCCUCUACGACAGCAACAUCGAAGACGCAUUCUGGCACACGUACGAGUUUCUGGCGACCUGUGCAGCCAAGGGGAUUACUUUGAAGCCUGAAAAAUUCCAGUUCGCACGGAGGGAGGUGGAUUUCGUGGGUUUUCGCCUCGGCUGGGAGGAGUACAAACCCACAGACGAGCGCCUAGUGGCAAUCAAAAGCUUCAGGAUGCCUGACAAGCCCUCCAUCUCAGACAUCAGGUCGUGGUACGGGUUUGUCAAUCAACUUUCCCCAUUCCUCGCCACAGCCCCAAUCAUGAACGCCUUCAGGGAGCUCCUGAAGAAGUCGUGCGGAAAGGCUGUGUACUGGGACGAGCACCUGCAGGAGAAAUUCCGCCGCGCUCAGGACACCAUAUGCCAGCUUGCAAAGGACGGCCUGGCACAUUACGACAAAACCCGCCCCACAGUUGCCCUCACAGACUGGAGCAGGGAGGGCAUUGGAUUCAUUAUCCUGCAGCAGUUCUGCCACUGCUAGUCUGCUGCCGCUCCCUUCUGCUGCAGGGCGGGCUGGCGUCUGGCCCUGUGCGGAAGCCGCCACCUCACGGCCGCCGAGACUGGUUACGCCGCGGUAGAGGCACACCACAGCCACCUUGGCUGUGGUGUGGUGCCUCCAGAAAGCCCGGCUGUUCUUGUUGGAGUGCCUGAACCUCACCAUCGUCACCGACCACCGCCCUCUCACCAAGCUGCUGGGGGACAGGGCCCUCACAGAAGUCAUCAACCCACGACUCUUCCGGCUCAAGGAGCGAACGCUACAGUACCGCUUUCAAGUCAAAUAUCUGCCAGGAAAAAGGAACGCCGCAGCCGACUUCCUGUCCAGGUACCCAGCCCUCAGAAGCCCCACCACAGACACCGACGCCGACCUGGAUGAGGACCUCACCGAGGCAGUAGCAGCCGUGGUCAUCACCACAGCCGAACACGAAGGUCACAUUCUCGACGAGUCAGCGGUGAGAAAAUCUGCAGCCGACGACCCUGUCUACCAACUACUACUGGCCAAAGUGUUGGCCGCGGACUGGCACCCACACAAGGCGCAAGAAGUGGCCUGCCUGCGCCCGUUCUAUGGCGUGAGGGACCGGUUGGCAGUCUCUCAAGACCUUGUCACAUACACCUUUGACCAGGGUUGUGUGCGACUCGUGAUUCCUGAGCCCCUCCGCCCACAGGUAGCAGCAAACUUACACGUUGGUCACCAAGGGCUAGAUUCCAUGCUGCGGAGGGCAAGGCAAUGUGUAUACUGGCCCGGGUUGGAAGGGGACCUGCAGCACUACCGGGCGUCGUGCACGUCAUGUGAGACGCACGCUCCCUCUCAGCCCUCAGAAACACUCGUCAUCACGCCGCCCCCAGAGUACCCAUUCCAAUCCACAGUGGCGGACAUGUUUCAGCAUGAGGGGCACACCUACAUGGUCUACGCUGACAGGCUCACUGGAUGGCUAGAACUCGCCCAUUUCCCACACGGUGCUACAUCUAAUAAAAUCGAGUCAAAUGAGGCAGUACUUCACGCGAUGGGGCGCCCCGGAACAGCUGUCCACUGAUGGGGGGCCGAACCUGGCGAGCGAGGAAAUGUCGGAAUUCCUCAAGAAGUGGGGUGUCAUUGCACGCCUGUCCUCAGCACAGUACCCACAGUCAAACGGGCGGGCCGAAGCAGCGGUCAAGACGGCCAAAAGGAUCAUCAGAGCCAACACAGGUAGCGGGGGCUCAUUGGACACGGACAAAACCUCCCUCGCUGUGCUGCAGUACCUUAACACCCCGCUGCGAUCUGUCAACAAGUCCCCCGCCCAACUUGCCACCGGAAGGCAGCUGCGUGAUGGCGUGCCAACGGCCCGACGACAUUACAAGGUGGACAGGCACUGGGGAAGGACGCUGCGUGAGAGAGAAGUGAAAAUGGGGGAGGAAGGCAACACCCUGAUGGCAACCUGCACACCCAGACAGCUCCGGCCCCUGUUCCCCGGCACACGAGUAAGGAUGCAGAACCAGGCCUCGGGCACGUGGGACCGCACGGGCUUGAUCGUGGAGGCGCUGCCCUACAGGCAGUACACUGUCAGGCUUGAUGGUAGCGGCCGAAUAAACCUCAGGAACAGGAAGCAUCUGCGGCCCGUCGCUGAGUCAACCCCACCGCCCGCACCGCCAACCUUGCGCCCACCAACCCCGCCGGCCGCUCAACCAACCACGACACCCGCACAAGUCUCAACCCCCACCCAACCUCAGCUACGCCCCGCACCCAGGAGGCAGGUGCGGCGACCGGGGUGGCUGAGCGACUAUGUGUAACACACACACACACACACACACACACACAUACACAUAUCAGAUUAAUGUGUUGCGGGCACACAUUUAUCUUACGGGGGGAUAUUGAAUAUAUUAUUAUUUGUACGAUAUGUUUUCCCGGCGGCAAGCCAAGCACUGCUUGUCGCCAAGAGUAUAUCCUCAGUUCCGGGCCGAGCCCAAUAAAGGAGAGACGUGUGUUCCUGUGUCUCGUUCCCCUGCCUAGCUGUCUUACAGGCAUGCUGAAAGCAUCGAUUAGAAGGAUAACCGGCAUGACUUCGAAAAGCUUGGAGAUGGAUGUCACAAUUGAGGAUUUGUCUGACGAGAAAAUAUCUGUCCUAAAGGCUCGUGGAUAUGGCAAGUUUCAACGCCUCGUC